AUGCUGGAAAUGCAUAAGCGAUACGGCAACAUUGUCCGUAUUGCGCCGGACGAACUGGCCUUCUCUCACCCAGACGCCUGGCAGGAUAUUACGGGCCACCAGAAAGGAAAACCCGAAUUCUCAAAGGCAAACUGGUUCUACCGUCCGGUUGAUGGCGAACCGUCACAUGUAGUCAACGAAAGCAGAGAGCAACAUGGGCGUCUCCGCCGACAGAUGGCCCACGGUUUCUCUGAAAAGGCAAUGCGAGAGCAGGAGCCGAUGAUCCGGGCCUAUGUUGAUAUGUUGCUUGACCGGUUACAUGAGUUUUGCGAGUCUGGUAAUCCGGUUGUGCUUUCCGAUUGGUAUAACUAUACCACUUUCGAUAUUAUUGGGGAUCUGGCAUUUGGUGAGCCAUUUGGCUGUCUUCAGGGAUCAGAUCUUGACGAUUGGAUCAAGGGGAUUUUCGACGCUGGUCGGGUUGGAAUUAUCCUGCAAGCUCUCUCGUUCUAUCCGCUCGUGAAGCGGAUGUUGUUAUCAAUGGUGCCUGCGUCGAUGAAAGAGGCUCAUGAGAAACACAAGAAACUCACUAAACAGAAGAUGAUGCGGAGGAUGGAAAAGGAAGAAGGUCGACCCGACUUGAUUGAGGGACUUCUGAGAAAGAGGGAGGAACUGAACCUGAGUAUUGAUGAACUCAUUGCAAAUGCUGAAAUUCUCAUUAUUGGUGGCUCUGAGACCACAGCCUCAUUAUUGAGUGGAGUCACAUACCUCCUCCUCACGAAUCCGACUGCCUACGAGAAGUUGAAAGAGGAAGUGCGUACUGUUUUUCAAAGCCAGGAGGAGAUCAACCUGAUCUCCGUUAACAAGUUGCCCUACAUGCUUGCAUGUCUCGACGAGGCAAUGCGCAUGUACCCGCCCAUUGCAAAUGGUCUUCCUCGUGUGUGUCCUGAGGGCGGUGCGAAUAUCUUGGGGGAAUAUGUUCCGGCAAAGACCUUUGUUUCCAUCCACCAGUGGGCACUUUAUCGGCGCGAAGAGUAUUUCAAGGACCCCAACACCUAUCACCCAGAGAGAUUCCUGGGUGGUCCGUCAUUUGCAGAUGAUCGUCGAGAGGUAUUGCAACCAUUCCAUACUGGACCGAGAAAUUGCCUUGGAAGAAAUCUUGCAUACAGCGAGAUGCGUCUAAUCCUUGCCUUGAUUAUCUUCAACUUUGACAUGGAGAUCGCCGAUGAAGCCCGUGGUUGGAUCAAUCAGAGGAACUUCCUGAUGUGGGAAAAGGGGCCGUUGAAGGUCCAUUUAACGCGGGUAUAG